AUGGCGGAUCGGACAGCUCCCGGCUGCCGGCUCCGGCUGGAGUGGGUGUACGGGUACCGGGGUCACCAGUGCCGCAACAACCUGUACUACACGGCCGGCAAGGAGGUGGUCUACUUUGUGGCUGGGGUCGGGGUGGUUUACAACACCCGCGAGCACGGCCAAAAAUUCUUCUUGGGACACAACGACGACAUUAUCAGCCUUGCCUUACACCCAGACAAAACUCUUGUUGCAACUGGCCAAGUUGGGAAGGAGCCAUAUAUAUGCAUAUGGGAUUCCUAUAAUGUCCAGACUGUGUCUAUUCUUAAAGAUGUCCAUACACACGGAGUUGCCUGCCUGUCUUUUGACUCAGAUGGACAGCGUUUAGCCUCUGUGGGAUUGGAUGCCAAAAACACGGUCUGUGUCUGGGACUGGCGGAAGGGGAAACUUUUGGCCUCAGCCACCGGCCAUUCCGACCGGAUUUUUGAUAUUUCCUGGGAUCCAUAUCAGCCAAACAGAGUGGUUAGCUGUGGAGUAAAACAUAUAAAGUUUUGGACACUAUGUGGAAAUGCCCUGACUGCAAAAAGAGGAAUAUUUGGCAAAACAGGGGAUCUUCAGACCAUCCUUUGCCUUGCAUGUGCCAAAGAAGACAUCACCUACUCUGGUGCUUUAAAUGGUGACAUCUAUGUCUGGAAAGGGCUCAAUUUAGUUCGCACCAUUCAAGGAGCACAUAGUGCGGGAAUCUUUAGCAUGUAUGCUUGUGAAGAAGGCUUUGCCACCGGUGGGCGAGAUGGGUGUAUACGACUGUGGGAUACUGAUUUCAAACCAAUAACCAAAAUCGAUCUCAGGGAGACAGAACAAGGAUAUAAAGGCCUCUCCAUCCGGAGUGUGUGCUGGAAAGCAGACCGCCUCCUAGCAGGGACCCAGGACAGCGAGAUAUUUGAAGUGAUCGUGCGAGAACGGGACAAACCGAUGUUGAUUCUGCAGGGCCACUGCGAGGGGGAGCUCUGGGGUCUGGCCCUGCACCCCAAGAAGCCUCUGGCCGUGACCGGCAGCGACGACCGUUCUGUCAGGCUGUGGAGCCUGGCCGACCACGCCUUGAUCGCCCGCUGUAACAUGGAGGAAGCGGUUCGCAGCGUUGCUUUUAGCCCAGAUGGAUCUCAGCUGGCCCUGGGCAUGAAGGACGGCUCUUUCAUUGUUCUCCGAGUCAGAGAUAUGACAGAAGUGGUUCACAUCAAAGAUCGAAAAGAAGUCAUUCAUGAAAUGAAAUUUUCUCCAGAUGGUUCUUACCUUGCAGUGGGAUCCAACGAUGGCCUAGUAGAUGUCUAUGCUGUUGCCCAGCGGUAUAAGAAAAUCGGAGAAUGCAAUAAGUCCCUUAGUUUCAUUACGCACAUUGACUGGUCCUUGGAUAGUAAAUACUUGCAAACUAAUGACGGUGCAGGAGAACGAUUGUUCUACAAAAUGCCAUUAAUGGGCCUUUUGAGUAAUAGGGCAUAUCUUAUUAGACUGAGUAACGUGCUUGCAGAGGGAGCCAAAUUUAGAAAGUAUGUGGGUCACUCUGCACAUGUCACAAACGUCCGCUGGUCCCAUGACUUCCAGUGGGUGUUAAGCAUAGGUGGGGCCGACCACUCGGUUUUCCAGUGGAGGUUUGUUCCAGAAGGGGUCAGCAAUGGCAUGCUGGAAACUGCACCACAGGAAGGCCGCACUGAUUCCUACAGUGAAGAAUCUGAUUCAGAUUUAUCCGAUGUGCCCGAAUUGGACUCUGAUAUUGAGCAAGAAACUCAGAUCAAUUAUGAUCGCCAGGUUUACAAAGAAGAUCUACCUCAGCUAAAGCAACAAAGUAAAGAGAAAAACCACGCAGUGCCCUUCCUCAAACGAGAAAAGGCUCCCGAGGACAGCUUAAAACUCCAGUUCAUACACGGUUACAGAGGCUACGACUGUAGAAACAACCUGUUCUACACACAAACUGGAGAAGUGGUCUACCACAUUGCUGCAGUUGCUGUAGUGUACAACCGGCAGCAACACUCCCAGAGGCUGUACCUGGGGCAUGACGAUGACAUCCUCAGCCUGACCAUCCAUCCAGUGAAGGACUACGUGGCCACUGGGCAGGUUGGAAGAGAUGCUGCUAUUCAUGUGUGGGACACACAAACUCUAAAAUGUUUAUCACUGUUGAAAGGACAGCAUCAGAGAGGAGUGUGUGCUCUCGAUUUUUCAGCCGAUGGAAAAUGUCUGGUGUCGGUCGGUUUAGACGAUUUUCACAGUAUUGUGUUUUGGGACUGGAAAAAGGGAGAAAAGAUAGCCACGACAAGAGGACAUAAAGAUAAGAUAUUUGUGGUAAAGUGUAACCCACACCAUGUUGACAAACUGGUUACAGUUGGGAUAAAGCACAUCAAAUUCUGGCAACAAGCAGGUGGGGGCUUCACCUCUAAAAGAGGAACUUUUGGAAGUGUUGGAAAAUUGGAAACAAUGAUGUGUGUUUCUUAUGGACGAAUGGAAGAUCUAGUGUUCUCAGGAGCUGCUACUGGAGAUAUUUUUAUUUGGAAAGACGUUUUACUACUGAAGACAGUGAAAGCUCAUGACGGGCCUGUGUUUGCUAUGUAUGCAUUGGAUAAGGGCUUUGUAACAGGUGGAAAGGAUGGAAUCGUCGAGCUCUGGGAUGAUAUGUUUGAAAGAUGCUUGAAGACUUACGCCAUUAAAAGAGCAGCAUUGUCAACUAGCUCAAAAGGCUUGCUUUUGGAAGAUAACCCUUCCAUUCGUGCCAUCACUUUGGGACAUGGACAUAUCCUGGUGGGAACGAAAAAUGGAGAGAUUCUGGAAAUCGAUAAGAGCGGCCCAAUGACGCUACUCGUGCAGGGGCACAUGGAGGGAGAAGUGUGGGGGUUGGCCGCGCACCCUCUCCUGCCCAUCUGUGCAACAGUGAGCGAUGAUAAAACGCUUCGGAUCUGGGAAUUAUCUGCCCAGCACCGGAUGCUGGCAGUCCGGAAACUCAAAAAAGGUGGAAGAUGUUGUGCCUUCUCCCCUGACGGGAAAGCCUUAGCAGUUGGCUUGAAUGAUGGGAGUUUCCUGGUUGUAAAUGCUGACACUGUUGAAGACAUGGUCUCCUUCCAUCACAGAAAAGAAAUGAUCUCUGACAUUAAAUUUUCAAAAGAUACGGGAAAAUACCUUGCUGUGGCAUCCCACGAUAACUUUGUGGAUAUUUACAACGUGCUUACUAGCAAAAGGGUUGGCAUCUGUAAAGGAGCUUCUAGUUACAUUACACAUAUCGACUGGGACUCUAGAGGAAAAUUAUUGCAAGUUAAUUCAGGUGCCAAAGAACAACUUUUUUUUGAAGCUCCAAGAGGCAAACGGCACAUAAUAAGACCUUCAGAGAUCGAGAAGAUAGAAUGGGACACAUGGACCUGUGUCCUGGGGCCCACCUGUGAGGGGAUCUGGCCAGCACACAGCGACGUGACCGAUGUGAAUGCCGCCAGCCUCACAAGAGACUGUUCCCUCUUAGCCACUGGAGAUGACUUUGGUUUUGUUAAGCUUUUUUCAUAUCCUGUGAAGGGACAGCACGCAAGAUUCAAGAAGUACGUGGGGCACAGCGCACACGUCACCAACGUGAGGUGGCUGCACAACGACUCCGUGUUGCUCACGGUGGGCGGCGCCGACACGGCCUUGAUGAUCUGGACGAGGGAGUUUGUGGGGACCCAGGAGAGCAAGCUGGUGGACAGCGAGGAGUCAGACACCGACGUGGAGGAGGAUGGAGGCUAUGACAGCGAUGUUGCUAGAGAAAAGGCCAUCGACUACACCACCAAGAUCUACGCGGUGAGCAUCAGGGAAAUGGAAGGCACCAAGCCACACCAGCAGCUGAAAGAAAUCUCAGUGGAAGAAAGGCCGCCUGUUAGCCGAGCAGCUCCCCAGCCUGAGAAACUCCAGAAGAACAACAUCACCAAAAAGAAGAAACUGGUUGAGGAGCUGGCUCUAGACCACGUGUUCGGCUACAGAGGGUUCGACUGCCGCAAUAACCUGCACUACCUUAACGACGGGGCGGACAUCAUCUUCCACACGGCGGCGGCUGGCGUCGUCCAGAACCUUUCCACAGGGAGCCAGAGCUUCUACCUGGAGCACACAGAUGACAUCCUCUGCCUCACAGUGAACCAGCACCCCAAGUACAGAAAUGUGGUGGCCACCAGCCAGAUAGGAACAACACCUUCCAUCCACAUAUGGGACGCCAUGACCAAACACACCCUCUCCAUGCUGCGGUGCUUCCACUCCAAGGGGGUGAAUUACGUCAACUUCAGUGCAACUGGAAAGCUCCUGGUGUCAGUGGGCGUGGACCCUGAGCACACCAUCACUGUCUGGCGAUGGCAAGAAGGUGCCAAGGUUGCCAGCCGAGGGGGUCACCUGGAGCGCAUAUUUGUGGUGGAAUUUCGCCCCGACUCAGACACGCAGUUCGUAUCCGUUGGGGUGAAACACAUGAAGUUCUGGACCCUGGCAGGCAGCGCCUUGCUUUACAAGAAAGGGGUCAUCGGGUCCUUGGGGGCGGCCAAGAUGCAGACGAUGCUCUCCGUGGCCUUCGGUGCUAACAAUCUCACUUUCACGGGUGCCAUCAACGGAGACGUCUACGUCUGGAAGGACCACUUCCUCAUCCGGCUGGUGGCCAAGGCGCACACAGGCCCUGUGUUCACAAUGUACACGACCCUUCGCGAUGGACUCAUAGUGACCGGCGGGAAAGAGCGGCCGACCAAAGAAGGAGGUGCUGUAAAAUUGUGGGACCAGGAGAUGAAGCGCUGCCGGGCCUUCCAGCUGGAGACGGGGCAGCUGGUGGAGUGUGUGCGCUCCGUGUGCCGCGGCAAAGGAAAAAUUUUAGUGGGAACCAAAGAUGGAGAAAUAAUUGAAGUUGGCGAAAAAAACGCUGCUUCCAACAUCCUGAUUGAUGGACACAUGGAAGGAGAGAUCUGGGGCCUGGCCACACACCCCUCCAAGGACAUCUUCAUCUCUGCCAGCAACGACGGCACAGCCCGGAUCUGGGACCUGGCUGACAAGAAGCUGCUGAACAAGGUGAGCCUGGGCCAUGCUGCUAGGUGUGCAGCCUACAGCCCUGACGGGGAGAUGGUGGCAAUUGGCAUGAAGAAUGGAGAGUUUGUCAUCUUGUUGGUGAACAGCCUGAAAGUUUGGGGGAAAAAGCGAGACCGGAAAUCUGCUAUCCAAGAUAUCAGAAUCAGCCCAGACAACCGAUUCUUAGCUGUCGGUUCUUCUGAACACACAGUUGACUUCUAUGACCUCACCCAGGGCACAAAUCUGAACCGCAUUGGCUACUGCAAAGAUAUCCCAAGCUUUGUGAUUCAGAUGGAUUUUUCUGCGGAUAGCAAAUACAUUCAGGUGUCAACCGGAGCCUAUAAGCGCCAGGUGCAUGAGGUGCCCCUGGGGAAGCAAGUAACAGAAGCCAUGGUCAUUGACAAGAUCACCUGGGCCUCCUGGACAAGUGUUCUGGGAGAUGAAGUCAUUGGAAUCUGGCCGCGAAAUGCAGACAAGGCUGAUGUCAACUGCGCAUGUGUGACCCAUGCUGGCCUGAACAUUGUUACAGGAGAUGAUUUUGGGCUUGUGAAGCUCUUUGAUUUCCCAUGCAUGGAAAAAUUUUCCAAACAUAAACGUUACUUUGGUCACUCAGCUCACGUGACGAACAUCCGUUUCUCUUACGACGACAAGUAUGUGGUCAGCACUGGAGGAGACGACUGCAGGUACUAA